AAGCGGCGCCCGGCGCCCGGCGGGAGAAAGGCCGACCGCGGCAGAUCCGGGGCCGGGCCUGAGUGCCGAAGACAACAUAGGAAGGCGGAGCGCGUGCACAUUUGGGCUCGCGCGCCUUCGUUGCUCUUCUCCUCGCGGGAAGGCAGCGCAGGACCUCGGAUGCCGAGCUAAGGGACGGCCGAGGGCCUCGUUGAUUUUGCCCCUUCUGCGGCCGUCUUACCAGAGCAGUCAGGAAACUCCCAAAGCCUUUAGCCUGAGAAACUGCUCUGCUCGCCCCGGGUUUCUUUACCAUGUGCUGCGUUUCCGCUGGUUUCAGCGGCGCUGCUAUUCGGGACGCCUUCAGACACGGGCGCGUUGCUUCCCCCCGCUAACCGGCAAAGAUGGCUGUCACACUGCACACUGAUGUUGGAGAUAUUAAAAUAGAGUUAUUCUGUGAACGAACACCAAAAGCUUGUGAAAAUUUUCUGGCUCUCUGUGCUAGUAACUACUAUAGUGGCUGUACUUUUCACCGGAAUAUCAAAGGCUUUAUGGUUCAGACGGGAGACCCAACUGGUUCUGGGAAAGGAGGAAACAGUAUUUGGGGCAGGAAGUUUGAAGAUGAAUACAGUGAAUACUUAAAGCACAGUGUCCGUGGAGUUGUUUCCAUGGCAAACAAUGGUCCAAAUACAAAUGGAUCUCAGUUCUUUAUCACCUAUGGCAAACAGCCACAUCUUGACAUGAAAUACACCGUCUUUGGGAAAGUAAUCGAUGGCUUGGAUACACUGGAUGAGCUGGAGAAGUUGCCUGUAAAUGAAAAGACAUUUCGUCCCUUGAAUGAUGUCCAUAUUAAAGAUGUGACAAUUCACGCUAACCCUUUUGCUCAAUAGCUGCAAUGGGCUAACUUUUUUAAUUUGAACAUUUCACAGGAGAGAAAUUCUAAAUGUUGAUGUUCAAAAUGUUUAAAAUCAAAUUAUAUUUUUUCUAUUGGUAAUCCAGACAGUGUUCCUGAACUGAUUGCUAUCUCCCUUAUUUAAGAUUCAAUUUCGUCAAGAAUACCAGACUAGCUGAAAAAGCAGUACAGAGGCUAGUUUGGGUACCUGGCGUCAUAAUCAUUUUUUAAAAUCUAUUGAAAAUCUCCAAUAUCAACAAACUGGAGAGUUGAUGAACAAACAAGGAAUGCUAGAGGAUAAGUCUGUGUUAACAAAGGCUUGUUCAAGGAAAAGGCAUUGCCAGUUGGAUGACUAAAAUAAAGAUG